CAGGCAUCGAAUCAGUGUGUAGUGUCGCCACCUAGUACGAGUCAGCUCUGAUGCGAAAAAUCCCUCUGUGUAAAUCUCUCUCUCACUGGACGCCAAUGGCACCGCUGCGUUUGCAGACUCAGAAGCGCAUACAUGCAAUGCAAUGUUGCAUUGCAUUGCAGGCAUCACACCACCAUCCAUCCAUCCAUCCAAUCAGUAAACAAGCAACAACUACUUUUAUCUGACCACCACAAGGCAGCAACAACGACUCCGGGAGACAAUAUGAGAAUUUUAUCCCCCCGAAGUCCUCUCCAGCCCCGCCGCAGCGAGAUAAAAGUGAAUGUCACUCGAAAGCCGUUCCUUAGGGGUUGAAGUGGUGUCCGCAGGCAAGAGCUGUGGUGAGUAUGCCGAACACGAAGAAGGGCUGCGCCGCUGCCUGGUACUGCACGUCAAACUUGACAGGAUCCUUCAGCAGAUACCUGACACCACACCACACCACACACACUUGUCCAAAACAUCUCACGGCUGGCUGCCACGUCAGGUCAGCUCACUUGGCCUGGAGGAAUAUCUGCGGGAUGGUGAGCCCCGCGAGAAUGGCGGCGUACAGAGGCUCGUCUAGCGAGUAGACGUAUGCGGCCACGCCGAGUUGCGUGAGAUCGAUGGAGAGGGCGGCGAUCCACUUGGCCCUGUCGAUGCCGAACUGAACGGGCAGCGACUUGAGGCCCAGCUCCCUGUCGCCCUCGACCGACUUGAAGUCGUUGACCGUCGCUAUACCCACACCGCCGAUGCUGAUACAUACGUAUGGGACAGACAGACAUGGUUAAGUGUGUUUGUGUUGGCUCGUGCUGUGUCUUGUCCACCCCACCUGUACAGGAGUGUGAGGAUAAUGACGGUCGGGUUGAGCUCACCAAACAUGGCCUGUCCGCACCACCAUGGAAGCGAUAUGUAGCUGGACCCCAGGGCGUAGUUGCCGAUCCAACCACUCUGCUUCAACCUGAUCCAGAUCAACACAACACAACACAACCACACGGAUAUCGGUGGAUUGAUGCACAUGCAACCAGCCGUCACGUCAUGUGGAGGAGUGGAGUGCCUCAAGUACUUGAGUGGUGGUGCCGAGUAGAUGUACGACACGACCGAGCCGAAGAUGGCCAGCAGGAGGAUGUUGGGCGUGUCGUGGCCCGCCCACAGGUCAAGGCCGUACGCCACCGCCAGGCCGGCGAUCAGCAGACCCCAUAUCUGACCCUUCACCUGCACACACACAAGAUCCCCACACAACCUGCCAUCGGGCCUCUUCGUUCUGUUGUCCGCCUGAACGCACCUACCUGUCCCUCUGAGAUGGCUCCUGAUGGAAUUGGCCGGUAGGGCUCGUUGAUGGCGUCAAUCUCGCGGUCAUACCAAUCGUUCAUCGUCUGCGUGAAACCUGCAUCGCAUCCACCAAAUCACAUCAAGUCAAGAAGGAGCGAAUGAGAAUAGCACUUGGCUCAUGUGUUUGAGCGCACCGACCGGUGAGGAGUGGUCCUGCGAGGACCAUGCAGGCGAGUGACUUGAGGAGGUCCUCGCCAGCCUCGGACAGACUCACAGCCUCGGGAUUCAACGGAUUCCACCUGACAGACAGACAGACACACGGAGGCGCCUGCCUGCCUGCCAGGAUGUACGUCCUGUUGUGCUGUAGGUGUGUGCAUGCGUACGUGUGGUAGUUGCCUGAUGCGGCCGCGCCACAGAUGACUCCCCAUAUGAGAGGGAUCCAUGUCACUGGCUUCAUCAGCUGCAGCCUGGCAGUGUGUGUAGUACCAUCCGCCACCAGACAGACAAGCCAUCUUGCUGAUGCGACGCGAGCACACGUGCUGUGCUGUGCUGUCCGUUCCUUCCUACCUACCUGAUCUUCCAUAUGUCGGUGGUCUCGGCAGCACCACGCACCCCGAGCAGCUGACGCACCGAUUUCUGAACGGCGUUGAAAGCAACGGACAGACACACAAAACGAAUGCAUCACACAUAUUCGCCCAUCGUGUGUGUUAUUGCUCACAUCAUUGCUCUUGACUUCAUCCUUGGCUUCCUUCAUCGCCACUCCACCGCCUCCCGGAGAUCUCUGCAAAGAUGGUGCUCCAUGAGAUGGUGCCGGCCUCAGCACGCUGCUCAGCGGAACAACUCUGGGCGGCACAAAGGCGCCCUCCCUCGGCCUCGCAUUUGCUGCAGUGGCUUCCAAAGCCGAGAUCAGAAAGGAAAGGCCGGCAAGGGCGAGGAACGAUGGAAGAGCCGCCCACAUGGUAUGGUGCAGCGUAGCAAGGAGGGGGAGGGGAAUGCAGCGCCUUUGAGGGAGAUCCGG